AUGAAGCUCCUUCAGCUUGCGGCAGCCCUCGCCGUCACCGCUCUCGCAGCGGUCACUCCUUUCUCCAGCGACGAUACUGUCAUCGCCGGUGUUGAGACCCUCGCCCGCCGUGCCUUCGUUGCUCGUCAAAAUGCACCGUGGCUAGACCCUCGAUGCAUGCCAUGCACCAUCUUCGAGCUCAACUGCGUGAAGGAAUGCAAGGACGGCGAUGAGGAGUGUUACCAUGCGUGCUACGCCAAAAUGUGCUCGGUUGGCCCCGAGGUUUGUCACAAUCCUAGAGAGCGGUGCGCGCAUGACUUAUGCCUCGACAACCAUGCCGUGCCUAGGGGUCUGACCGAAGCGUCCACCUCAGGACCAUCCCCGCGCGACCUCAUGACUGCUACCGGCGACGAUUCAUUCGAUCGAGCAGUCCUUGCGCAUUAUGAGGAAGCACUCGGUCGCCGCGACCAGGACAAUCUGGAGAUGGGCAACACUGCAGUCUGCAACCAAUGCGAUGAUUGGAUGAAGAACUGCAAGAAGACCCAGUGCCCUCGUCCAUGGGCUCCAGAGUGCCAAUGGGGCUGCCAGGCCAAGAUUUGCAAGGACGGGCCUCCCGAAUGCCGCAAAGGUGGUGCGUGCGGUGUGCAUGCUCGCUGUGGUGCAAAGUCCAACGUGCUGACGUCUCCUGAUCCCCCUACCUCUCUUCAAGCCCGUGGAUUUGACCCAGGAUGGGAUCAAGAGGAGUGCGACGACCAUCUCAAAGGUUGCAUCGACGCAUUCUGCCACAACCCUCUUCACCAAGGACCCAACUGCGAGAAAGCCUGCCAUAACGCCCUCUGUGACGUCCAAGCCGAGUGCUGCAAGGCCAAGCCUUCAACAUCCUCUUCCAGCCCCGGUUCCUCAUACGCUCCUCAAGUCCGCAGUGAUGGAGACGGAAAGAAUCGAGAGCAGUGCGAUGACUACAUCAAAGGAUGUAUCGCUGGCUUUUGCCACGAUCCUCUUCACCAUGGACCCGACUGCGAGGAAGUCUGCCGCAACACCAUCUGUGAGACCCAUACCGAGUGCUGCAAGGCUAAACCUUUUGUACCCUCUGUCGAAGCCUUGAACCAGCCAGCUCAGGAUGCCGCUUCUCCUACUAGGUUCCUGACUGUCACGGCACCCUCAUCCUCUUCUUAG